UCACAAUGUGGAUCUCAUUUCGCCAUCGCCACUAUUUGCAAGAAUAAUACAAAUAAAAACAUAAAGCUUACUUGAAACAUGCAUAAAACUUGAAAAUGCAUAUAAAAUAAAGUGAAUUGACCAACAACAGCCAACGAAAAUCCACUGACUACGACAAAUAAUUUUUUUUCUACUGAUCGACACCUAACAACAGAAUAAUGUUUAUUCAAGACCUUAGAGAUUUUUAUAAUCGUUUGAUUGGCAAAAGAAUUUUGAUUAUUGUUAACUAUGAUAUAGACGCCAUAUGUGCCAGUAAAAUACUGCAGGCCCUAUUCAAAUAUGAUCAUAUGCUGUACUCUGUGGUCCCCAUAAUGGGCAUGGCUGGAUUACAGAGAGCCUACACGGAACAUCAGGGCGAUGUAAAAUUUGUGUUGUUGUUAAAUUGCGGUGGCUGUGUUGAUGUAGUUGAACUGCUGCAGCCUGAGGAAGAUGUGACAUUUUUCAUAUGCGAUGCUCAUCGCCCGUUGGAUGUGUGCAAUAUAUACAGUGAUCGGCAGGUUUGCAUACUGGGUGAUCCAACGUUGGAAGAAAACAUACCUCCCUUUGAGUCUAUAUUUUGUGAAUCGGACGAUGAAGACGAAGAUGAUGAUGACGAUAAUGAAGACGAAGAUGAUGAGAUAAACGACAGUGGAGCUGGCGAAUCGGAUGCCGAAAAUGAAGAUGGCAAUGCUCGCCCCGAACCUCCUAAAAAACUAAGCCGCAUGGAGAAACAUGAGCAACGUAUUCUUAAGCAGCGGCAACGUCGUGCCUGGGAAAAUGAACGCGAUCGCAUAAUGUUUGAGUAUACACAGUACAGCUUUUAUGGCCGCUCAUCAGCACUCGCCAUUUUUGAAUUGGCUUGGAAAUUGUCUAAAGACAAUAUGGAUUUGCUAUGGUGGGCCAUUGUGGGCAUAACGGAGCAAUUGAUAUUGGGUAAAAUUGAAAGUAGUGCCUACACCUUGGAAAUAGACAACAUACAAUCACAUGUGUCACGUUUGACCCACAAAAUUAAUGACCAAAGUAAUUUGAGUGCAUCGAAGAUAAAUUUUGAAAAUGAUUUGCAUUUGGUUUUAUAUCGACAUUGGACUGUUACAGAGUCAAUGCGUUAUUCUAUGUACGUCGCUUGCAAGUUGAAGCUGUGGACCCUUAAGGGUGAAAAGAAACUGCACGAAUUACUCGUAGAAAUGGGUUUGCCAUUGAUACACGCCCGUCAAAUGUAUACCUCCAUGGAUCUGGUUUUGCGCCAAGAGUUCUAUUCCAUGGUCGAGGGAUUGGCUGAAAAAUAUGGGAUACCCGAUGUCAUUUAUGGCUCAUUUACACUACAAUAUGGCUAUCGCAAUCGCUACUCGGCGGCCGAUUAUGUUUAUGCUUUGUUGGCCAUAUUGGAAUCGGUGAAAAAGGAUAAAACACCUGAAGAUUGUUUCCUAGAAGCCUUAGAUGGACUGGGACGUAGCCACAAAGAUAUACUUAAUGCCGGUAUAGAGGGGUCAAAGCUAUUACAUCAGGCCAUUUUCAAACAAGUACAAAGUAGUUUAGAAGCCCACCAGGUGCAUUCGACUGGGUCAUUUUUCUAUUACAUACUAAAUGAGGAAAAUACUUUCUUUUCCUAUCCCUACGGCCUAAGCAUGUUGGCAAAAUUUCUGUUACAUGGUCAUGUGGCAGUGUCAAGAAGUCGCCAGGCGCCGGAUCUACCCAUGAUUGCCAGUUGCCCCAUCGAUGCCGAGAGGGGUCUUUGCCUGUUGGUGGGUAUACCACCAGUGCGUGAGAAUUCACCUAAAAAUUUCUUUGGCAAAGCAUUCGAGCAGGCUGCCCAGAAAUGUAAUGCGGCAAUUUUACAAGAUCACUUUGAAUCUUCACUUAUACAGAUACGACAGAAUGAUUUGACUCGUUUCCUAGAUGCGUUGACCGUAUUGCUUACAUAGUUAUCUAAAGAAGGUUUAUAUUGUUAGUUCUGAAGUAUAGUUUUAGCUUUUAGUAGUAUUUAUGUAUUCCAUUUUCUAGUGUCUUACGAUUUAAAAUAGUAAAAAAAACAAACAAAAUACAAAAUUUAACACAUUUUUUAUAUUAGUGGUUUCUUUUACAAUAGUUAAAAAAAAUUAAAAAUGUGUUACCUUUUCUCUUCUUGUUGUAACUUUCAUCAUAGCUAUACAUACAUAGAUUCUAAAACCAUAAUUUGUAUACAUAAUUUUUCGAGUUUUUAUGUUUUAAUGUUUAUACAAAUUGUUGUAAGAUCUUCUAAAUAAGUUAUUAUAGGACACGGAAAUAGAAAUAGCCACAUUGUUAAUACCUACAUAUAUAGAAUAGACAUAUGAUAUGCAACAAAUUAACAAUAAAUAAUAGUUUUUAAGUUUUUAACAGCUAUAAUUACAAAAAAACAAUCAUUAAUUAUUUUCAUUUCAAAUACAUCGAAAAAUAAUCAUCUCCAGCAUAAA